AUGAGCGACUCAGAGAGCGACAAGACUGGCGUGCCUCUGGUUGAGAACCUGUCCGAUUCACCGCAACCGAAGGCCAACACCAAGCGGAAGCGCGACAACGAGGAGAAGCAAUCAGCGAAGCGCCGGAGGUUGAAGAAGCCAAAGGAUGUCGAUGAGCGUGCGCUGGAUGCGGAGCUGGGAGUGAAUCAUGCGAUCGCGCAUAUGGACAGUCAGUUGCUGGCGGAUCAUGUUGCGCAGCGCACGCAGAGGUUCAGGCCGGAUUUGAGCUUGGUGGAGAAGGAUGAGUUUCACGUUCCUGCGGCGGCGAUUGUAGACACAACCCACUGGGAGAAGCCGCGGAUCAAAGAUACUCUCCCCGACUACCUCCAACGCUACGCGAAGUCAAGACGCAAGAAGAAGGGACAAACGCUGUCAGAUGCGCCGGAAGCGAAAGGUCAUCCCCAUACAAUUGUCGUCGCUGGGUCCGGUCUGAGAGCGGUGGAGUUGAUCCGAAGCCUGCGCAAGUUCCAGACAAAGGAGGCGUUCGUGGCGAAGCUCUUUGCAAAGCACAUCAAGCUGAAGGAGGCGGUGGAGACGCUGAGCAAGACGAGCGUAAAUAUUGGGGUGGGGACGCCGCAGAGGAUCAUGGAUUUGUUAGACAAUGGCGCAUUGUCUUCAGCAGACCUCGAACGGAUCAUAAUCGAUGCUUCGUUCAUUGACCAGAAGAAGCGCGGCAUUCUCGACAUGAAGGAGACGCAGGUGCCGCUUGUGCGGCUACUCACUCGUUCCGAACUGAAGAAGCGGUACGGCGAUGCUGGGAGUAAGAUCGAGCUGCUGUUCUACUGA